CUUGCCUCCCCAUCCAUUCUCGAGUGUCGCAAGCCAGGAGUCGGCUCUCCCACAAUACUACCAACGCACAACACUGUCCAUUCGCAUCGCAGAUUGCUUUCCUCCAUCAUGAACCCUUCCGUCCUCCGCACGGCGUCACGCCACCUCCGCCCGGCCACCCGCCUUCACAAAGCGCCCGCAGCAGCUUCGCGCAGCCCCCCCAUCCGUGGGUAUGCGACUGCUUUCAACUGGGAAGACCCUCUAGCGGCGUCCGAACUAUACACACAAGAGGAAUUGGCCAUUCAAGACGUCGCCAGGCAGUAUUGCCAGGAUCAAUUGCUACCCCGCGUUCUAGAUGCCUACCGGAACGAAGACUAUGACCGCCGGAUCCUGACCGAGAUGGGCGAGCUGGGCCUCCUCGGCGCCAAUAUCGAGGGGUACGGUUGCGCCGGAGCCAGCACUGUGGCGUCCGGACUGAUCACGAAGGAAGUCGAGCGCGUGGAUUCAGGAUACCGGUCGGGCAUGUCCGUGCAAAGUUCGCUGGCCAUGACGGCCAUCCACGACUUCGGCACCCAGGAGCUCAAGGACAGACUGCUUCCGGACCUGGCGAAGGGGAAACUGGCAGGAUGCUUUGGCCUCACUGAGCCCAAUCACGGCUCCGACCCCGGUUCAAUGGAGACCGUUGCGCGCGAGCACCCGACCAAGAAGGGAUACUAUCUGCUGUCGGGCACCAAGACCUGGAUCACCAACUCCCCGAUCUCCGAUGUCUUCAUCGUAUGGGCUAAGCUGCAGAGCACGGGCAAGAUCCGGGGGUUUGCGGUGGAGCGCAGCCAAUGCCCGUCAGGCACGCUGGAGACUCCUGCCAUCAAGAACAAGACCGCUCUCCGGGCUUCCAUCACGGGUAUGAUCCAGAUGGACGACUGCCCCGUCCCGGUGGAGAACAUGUUCCCCGACGUCACGGGCCUCGUUGGCCCCUUCACCUGCCUUAACAGCGCUCGCCUGGGCAUUGCCUUUGGAACGAUGGGCGCGCUCGAGGACUGCCUGAGCCGGGCGCGGACCUACGCCCUGGAGCGCAAGCAAUUCCAGGGUAACCCAUUGGCAAAGUACCAACUGAUCCAGAAGAAGCUGGCCGACGCCGCCACGGACGCCGCGUACGGCACGUUGGCCGCGACGCAGGUUGCCCGGCUCAAGGAUGCCGGGAAGUGCACCCCACAGAUGAUCUCCAUGGUCAAGAGACAGAACUGUGAUCGGGCCCUGGCGAACGCUCGGGUGUAUGUAUCUCCUUUUAUCUGCAAGACAGCACGCUAACCUGGCCCGUUUUCUCAUCCCGCAGUCUCCAGGAAGUGUUCGGCGGCAAUGCAGCCAGCGACGAGUACCAUAUCGCCCGACAUGUCGCCAACCUGUUCGUCGUGCAGACAUACGAGGGUCAGAGCGAUAUCCACGCCCUGAUCCUCGGCCGCGCCAUCACCGGCGUCCAGGCAUUUUUCUAAGCAGCCGAUCUCUAGAUAUAUCAUCCCGGUGUUCAGUCCACCUGAUGACGCGCCAUCACAUCACGGCAUGUGCAUAAGUAUAUAUACUACAC